UUGUUUGUUUGUUUUUUUGGUUACUUCUCUCUCCACCAUUAUUUCCAAUCCUUUUCACUUCAUCUCCCCCCCCCCCUUCCUCUCUCUCUCGCUCUCCAUUGUUGGACGUAGCCAAGGUCUGUUCUUUGCUCUUUAUAAUGUUCUGUCCGAUUAUAGUUUUCUCUUAAAACCUUAGAUUACAUUGGGAUAGCAAAAAUUAUCUGUAAGGAAAAAAAAUGGAGAUAACUAAUGUCACUGAAUAUGAGGCCAUUGCAAAAGAGAAGUUACCCAAGAUGGUUUAUGACUACUAUGCAUCAGGUGCAGAGGACCAGUGGACUCUCAAGGAGAAUCGAAAUGCAUUUUCCAGGAUUUUGUUUCGACCCCGCAUUCUUAUUGAUGUUAGCAAGAUUGACAUGACCACCACUGUCCUGGGAUUCAAGAUUUCAAUGCCUAUCAUGAUUGCUCCGACUGCUAUGCAGAAAAUGGCUCACCCUGAAGGAGAAUACGCAACAGCCCGAGCAGCUUCAGCUGCAGGAACAAUUAUGACACUAUCCUCGUGGGCUACUUCCAGCGUUGAGGAGGUUGCUUCAACGGGACCUGGCAUUCGCUUUUUCCAACUCUAUGUAUACAAAGACAGGAAUGUGGUUGCACAGCUUGUGAGAAGAGCCGAAAGGGCUGGUUUCAAGGCGAUUGCCCUUACGGUGGACACUCCAAGACUUGGCCGCAGGGAAGCUGAUAUCAAGAACAGGUUUACUUUGCCACCAUUUCUGACUUUGAAAAACUUUGAGAGUUUAAACCUUGGCAAAAUGGAUAAGACCGAUGACUCUGGACUAGCUUCUUAUGUUGCUGGUCAAAUUGAUAGGUCACUGAGCUGGAAAGAUGUAAAGUGGCUCCAGACGAUAACAUCGUUGCCUAUUCUAGUUAAGGGUGUUCUUACUGCUGAGGAUGCAAGGCUAGCCAUACAAGCUGGAGCAGCAGGAAUCAUUGUAUCCAAUCAUGGCGCUCGCCAGCUUGAUUAUGUGCCUGCAACUAUUAUGGCUUUGGAAGAGGUUGUUAAAGCUGCACAAGGCAGAGUUCCUGUUUUUCUUGAUGGAGGGGUUCGGCGUGGAACCGAUGUCUUCAAGGCAUUGGCUCUGGGUGCAUCGGGAAUAUUUAUUGGAAGGCCAGUAGUGUUUUCAUUGGCUGCGGAAGGGGAAGCUGGUGUUAGGAAAGUGCUUCAGAUGCUACGCGAUGAAUUUGAGCUGACUAUGGCAUUAAGUGGUUGCCGCUCACUAAAGGAGAUCACACGAAACCACAUUGUUGCCGAUUGGGACGAACCUCGUGUUGUACCCAGGUUGUAAAGGUGAUGAUGGCUUCUUUCAAAUGGUCAAAAGUUCUAGGAGUCUAUAUUUCCAUUAAAAUAAACCUAGUGCUUGAUUUGAUACAAGUUUACAAAUUAAUUAUCAGACAUUUCAUUUCA